AUGACCGAUUUAUUACUCGACCCGGCCAUCAGAACAUGGGUUUUCCUACCGAUCGUCGUCAUCACAUUCUUCAUCGGAAUUCUGAGACACUAUGUCUCAUUGCUUUUAAUGAAUAAAAAAAAGGUGGAACUGGAGAAUAUAGCCGACGGACAAUACUUGCUACGAGCCAGACUACUCAGAGAAAACGGGCGAUUCUUGCCGAAGACGUCAUUCAAUGCGAGACGGCAAUACUUGUGUGCCGAGGAAACUGGAUACUUGUCAAAAGCACAACAGAGGCCAGCUAAAGGACCGAAUCCAAUGGAUCCAAGUCAAAUGACUGAAAUGUUGAAGGGAAAUAUGAUGAAUAUGAUCCCAAUGAUCGUCGUCGGAGGAUGGAUCAAUUGGACAUUCUCCGGAUUCGUGACCACCCGAGUUCCAUUCCCACUGACUCUCAAAUUCAAAGCGAUGCUUCAAAGAGGAGUUGAUCUCGUUUCCCUUGAUUCUGCCUGGGUCUCCUCAGCUUCCUGGUACUUCCUUUGUAUGUUCGGCCUUCGAUCAAUCUACACACUUGUUCUCGGAAGUGAAAAUGCUGCUGAUCAGAGUAAAGCGAUGGAAGAUCAAAUGGCAAUGACUGGCUCUGCAGUGAAUCCACAAGCCGAUCCACGUGCCGCAUUCAAAGGAGAAUGGGAGGCUCUUCAAAUGAUCCAACAUCAAUUUGCUCUCUAAACGUGUACUUUCCAAACAUUUGUGUUUCACUGAUUUAUUUAUUUGACAUUCGAUUUGUUUUUUUUUCCAAUAUAAUAUAAAAGUUAUAAAUAAGUAA